AUGGAUCAUGUCCUUCUGUCCCACAUAGAAAGGAAUCAGAAAAGUUCCUACCCUGUGAACCAAACCAGUAGCCAGGUCUACCUGCUGCCUCCACGCCCAGCCUGGAUGCAGGUUCCUGCCAUCCACCUGGUGCUGAGUGACCUGUUCAGGAUCAUCAAUAGAGAGGAUGCUAUCCCUGGCUUCUUGCCCUGGCAGGUGUCCCUGCAAGACAAAACUGGCUUCCACUUCUGCGGGGGCUCCCUCAUCAGCGAGACCUGGGUGGUCACUGCUGCCCACUGCAGAGUCAAGACAUCCGACCUGGUGGUGGCUGGAGAGUUUGACCAGGGCUCUGAUGAGGAGAACAUCCAGGUCAUCAAGAUCGCAAAG